AUGGCAAUCGACGAUCUCUCAACCAUCGAUGCCUCUAAAGAGAACUGGUGUAUUGUCGCAAAGGUGAACCGGUUGUGGCUUAGUCCAAGCCUAUAUGGAUCCAAGCUUCCAUUUUCCAUGGACAUGAUACUCAUGGAUGAGAAGGGUUGUAAAAUACAUGCUUCCGUUCGGAAGACUCUGAUAUACCGAUUCCAAUCUUUACUAAGUGAGGGUCGUGUAUAUCAGAUUUCGUUCUUCGGCGUUGGAGAAAGCGGUCGUGAUUUCCGACCGACCUCGCAUCCUUUCAAAAUUAACUUUGAUAUUCAUACAUCUGUGCGCUUGGUUCCCAACAAGACCAUUGACUUGAGCCCGUACAAUUUUGUACCAAUAUCUGAUAUAAUGUUCAAGGAUCUUGAUACGUCUUUUCUGAUAGAUGUGAUUGGAAUUCUCACUGGUGCAAGUGCUGAACAAGAAUUCGAAAAAGAUGGUGGGAAGCAAAAAAGAAUUACGAUUGAACUUGAUCAAGAUGUGGCUCGGGUUGAAUGCGCCUUUUUUGGAAAGUAUGCCGAUGAGGUCGUUGGUUACCUUGGAUCUGCUGAUGCAACCAAUGCCGUUGUUGUUGUGAGUUGUGUCAAAGUCAAGCCCUUUAAAGGUAAGACAAGUCUCCAAAAUGUUUACGGAGCUACCAAGGUGAUUUUUAAUCCUCUCAUAGAAGAAGCUGCCCCCCUCCGAACUAGGUUUUUGGAAUCACAUGAUAGUGCAGUGCAUGUCAUCAGUCCGCUGCAAGAUUCUGCAAGAAAAACUACCCCUGAAGAUGAUUUUUUAAAGCAGAAUGAUGGGAAAACCAUUGAGCAACUAAAAGAUCUUGCAGAGAAGUCCUAUUGUGUGGUUCUUGGUACGGUUAAGUACAUUGCAGAUGGUAUGGAUUGGUACUACCCUGCGUGCAAGUGUAGCAAGAAGGUAUAUCCUGCCGACGGAAUGUAUUUCUGUGAGCCAUGUAAUCGUCACGUUGUUUCCCCGGCUCACAAAUACAGACUACAACUUCGGGUGAUGGAUUCCAAAGACACUGCAACCUUUGUCAUUUUUGAUCAGGAGGCUACUGCACUGCUUAACAAAUCAUGUGCAGUUAUGCUUGAAACUACUGGUUCUGAUCCUUUAGCAAUCCCGACUGAAAUUUUGAACUUGAUCGAUAGAACGUUUUUAUUCAAGAUUGAAGUUGGAAAUAGUUUCCCAUCAAAGUUUGAGAAAUCGUACCGUGUCAAAAAACUAUGUGCUGAUCAAAAAAUUAUUAAUCAAUUCAGAGCGGCAAUGACCUUCCUACCUAAUGGUUCAGAUCCGUUCCCUUGGAUGGAUCCACCGAUUUCUGGAACAAGGUCUGAGGCGUCUUCAAGCGGAAUAGCAAAGGAUCUUAAUGCUGAUUUUGUUGAUGCUGGCGUUGGUGCAAAAACUGUAGUGCAAACUGGAAAGGAUGAUGAUCUAAGUUCUACAACUCCGAUCACAUCCCCAACCAACGAUGCAGUUUCAGUGAUCAGGCCCUUGAAGGCACAAAUGGAGUCUAUUCAAGACUUGAGGAGUCAGAAACUUAAGGGUCUUCAUUCUGAAAUUGUUGCUGCUGUUGCUGAACACUGUGGUGGUGAUGCUUCGUCUGUUUCAGCUAGAGAAAAUCGUGCUGUUGUUGUUGUAGCUGUUGACGACGAUGACGGUACUCAAGACUCUCCUCUUGCCAAAAGGCCAUCUCCUGCAGAAGCUGAUCUUAAGAUGGUGGGAAAAAGAAGAUUCUAA